UUUACGGUUGGUUACAUGGUCAAAUUGUACUACUAGUUACAAACAAUUUCGAUGAAAAAAUGUACAUACUAUUUUUAAUCUGUCAGAGAUCUUAAUUCAACUUGAAAUAAUUAAAGUUUUCAAUCAGUCGGGUAUUGACAAAAACCCGUAUCUGAAAAUAAACUCGUCCUUGUGCAUAGGAAAUAAGGCCAGUCUAUUUACAGAAAUAGACAAAUACAAUGUUAGGAUUUUGACAUGGCGGGUGCAAAACUAGCCGUUCAUGUUGUGCAGCUGAAACCAGUGAUAGUUCCGGAAACACUAGUGAAAGGAAAUAAAUUCAUAAAAUGGGACGACAAUUCUACAAUAGGUCUGCCAGUGACCUUGAGGGUGGAUCCCAAGGGAUACUAUUUAUACUGGAGGGAUCAGAACAAGGACAUGGAUUGUCUGGAUAUUUCCUACAUCAGAGACACUCGCACUGGCAAAUAUGCAAAAGUACCCAAGGACGGCAAACUGCGCGAGACCUGCCUGAUUGGUCCGUCUGAUGUGCCCCUGGAGGACAAGACAGUGACCAUCGCCUACGGCAACGAUAUGGUCAACAUAGAGUUCUACAACUUUGUGUGCGCUAGUCGAGAACUUGCAACGUUUCUGUGUGAAGAACUCUUAAAGUAUGCAAACAACCUUCUGGCCCUCAAUGGGAGCUGCCUCACGUUUCUAGAGAAGGCUCACACACGGCUUACCCAUGUCCUUGAUGUCAACGGGAAAAUACCAGUCAAAAACAUCACAAGAAUGAUCACAAAGGACAACAAAGAUGACAAGAAGCGAGUAGAGAAAGCCCUGGAGACCAUGGACUUCAAGGCUUCCAAGACUGACACCAUUGACCCCAACAAAUUCACAUUUGAUGAUUUCUUCACAUUCUAUCGGCAUUUGAUUGGAAGAACAGAAGUUGACAAAGUAUUUGAUGAAAUAGGAGCGAAAAAGAAGCCGUAUCUAACGUCAGAGCAGUUUGUCAAGUUCCUGAAUGACACUCAGCGAGACCCGCGCCUCAACGAGAUCCUGUACCCGUACUUCACUUCCAAGCAGGCCCUCGAUUUGAUCAACAAGUAUGAGACCAAGCCCAGCAUGGCUGCAAAAGAUGGUACUCUUGAAGAAGGUCAUUUCUCCCAGGAAGGUUUCCUGAAGUUCCUGAUGGGUGAAGACAACAACCUGAUACCAGCCGAGCACCUUGACCUCAACCAAGACAUGACCCAGCCCCUGAGCCACUACUUCAUCAACUCCUCCCACAAUACCUACCUCACAGGCCAUCAACUGACGGGCAAGUCGUCGGUCGAGGUGUACAGCCAGGUGUUGUUGAGUGGAUGUCGCUGUAUUGAGCUGGACUGCUGGGACGGCAAGGGGGCAGAUGAGGAGCCGAUGAUCACACACGGAUUCACCAUGUGCACAGAAGUACCAUUCAAGGAUGUGAUAGAAGCAAUAGCACACAGUGCCUUUAAAACAUCUGACUAUCCUGUCAUAUUGUCGUUCGAAAACCAUUGCAGUCAGAAGCAGCAGGCAAAGAUGGCUGCACAUUGUCGCAACAUAUUUGGUGACAUGCUGCUGAUAGACCCACUGGACGGAUUUCCGCUCGAGCCCAAUUUCCCACUCCCGAGUCCAGAACUUUUGAAAAGGAAAAUUAUUGUUAAAAACAGGAAAAAACAUUACCACAAAAAACAAAUUCCUGCGGAGCAAACAAAAACCCCAACAACAAAUCCACGAACGAGUCGCAAGCAAGUGAGCGUGGAUAACUCUGGCGGGGAGGAAAUGUCCACAUCCCUGACUGGCACGCUGCCACCUGCUGUGGAAGAAGUACCGCCGACGCCGACGGCAACUGAAAAGCCUCCCGAUGGGAACGUUGAGGAUCAGGGUGAGCUGGAAGAGAGUGACUCGUCUGAGAGUGAUGAUGACGACGAGGUACCGGGAUUGACAGAAGAACGAUUGAAACAAGAAAAGGUAAACUUCAACAAUGUUUUAACCCAUUUUUAUUGA